CUCUUUUCAUUUCCUGUGUAAACACCAUGGUAAACACGUGUGUUUGUAUUUUAACUUGAUUUCCUAAGAAAGACAGUGAAGUUUUUAUAUUCAAAAGAAUCUUGAAAAUUGAUCAUUUGGCUUGACUAAUAUUUUAAAAUAUCGAAAAUGCCAGCUAGAAUGCAUCGCAAACAAAGCAAGCAAGUUCAUUGUCGAAUAAAAUACAAGAGAAUAAAAAAAGCAGCUGACCAUAAACGUAAGCUUCGUCGAGAACAGAAGAAAAAUCCUAAUAAAUGGAAGCCUAAAGAUCCUGGCGUUCCAAACAGUCUUCCAUUUAAAGAUGAGAUUCUUAAAGAAGCUGAGUUGAGAAAACAACGUGCAAAGGAUCUCCGCGAAGCACAAAAGGCUAGUAGACUUAAACAGCAGAUGGAAAAUAGAGGACUUGAAGCACUCGUCGAUGAAGCUGUUAUGAAGGAUAGUGAGUAUGAAAGUAAUAUUAUUGAGUAUAAACCAAAAGAAAAGAAAGUGAAUAGUGAAAACUUCAAGUCAUAUUACAAAGACUUGAAAAAAGUAGUCGAAGCAGCUGAUGUUAUUUUGCAAGUUCUGGAUGCCAGAGAUCCUUUGGGUAGUAGGUGUCCACAGAUUGAAGAAAUGGUCAUCAGUAGUGGAAAGAAGCUAGUGUUGGUAUUAAAUAAAAUCGAUCUGGUUCCUCGAGCAAGUCUUGAAGCUUGGUUAAAAUAUCUACGCCAAGAACUGCCAACUGUUGCUUUCAAAGCUUCAACACAAUCACAGAAUACAAACCUCUCUCAAUCUAAGGUUGCCGCUAUUCAUAUCAAUGAAAGCUUAAAGCAAUCAAGCAGAUGUGUUGGUGCUUCUUUUCUAAUGAAAGUGCUAGGAAAUUAUUGUAGAAGCCAGAAUAUUCAAACCACAAUAAAAGUGGGAGUUGUUGGCUUUCCUAAUGUCGGUAAAAGCAGUGUCAUCAACAGUUUGAAGAGAUCAAGAUCAUGCGGUGUGGGUGCUACGGCAGGUGUGACCAAGUCUGUUCAGGAAGUAUCGUUAGAUAAACACAUAAAAAUCUUGGAUUCUCCUGGUGUUGUUUUUGCAAAAGACGGCUCUGCUACGACAUUAGCACUGCGAAAUGUUGUUAAAGUUGAAACAUUAAAAGAUGUUAUCACACCCGCUGAGGCUGUCAUAGAAAGAGCAGGUCACACUCAACUUCGACUACACUACACCUUUCCCGAGUUCACAUCGACACAUGAAUUGUUGUGUUUGUUAGCCAAAAGAAUGGGUAAAUUUAAAAAGGGUGGCAUUCCCAAUGUUGAGGAAGGUGCUAGACGCCUAAUUAAUGACUGGAAUAGAGGUUAUAUAAAAUAUUGUACACUACCUCCUGAGGUAUUCAAGCCAUCUACAUAUAUAAGCUCAACUUAUGUUGCAGAAAUGAGCGAAGCAUUUGACAUUUCUAGUCUGGAAUGUAAUUGAAUUGAAUUGCAGCGUGCAUGGUACUUUUUGCUAAGUUCAAAACUUAAUAAUUUUCAAACUUAUCAAUAAAAUGUUAAAUUUUUUUUAAA